AUGCCCGCCUUCGGCAGCAAUCAUACCGCUUCUCCCGAACUGCAGAAGAUGGAGAUGGGCCACUCCCGCUACGGCGGCGGAAAAAGAUUCUCCAUUGGAAACAUUGUCGGAGACCCUUUCUGGCUGGGCACGAUAGGCAUUGCCAUUGUGAGUCUAUACACCUGCGCAAGAGCACUGCUUCGACAUACAACUAACACGCGACAGUCCGGCUGGCUCAUUGCCUUCAUCAGCUCCAUCAUCGCCGACAUCUCCCAGGAUUACCCAAACUACUCGUGGUGGUGCUUGGUAUACAUGCUCUUCUGCAUUGUCGGCGUCAUCUUUGUCGUUGGCGCCGAUGCCGUCUUCACCUACCAUGUCGGUAUCGCGGCCUACCUCUCCGCCGGUCUGGUCUUCACCACUUCCUCUGUCAACUCGCUAAUCUACUACCCGGAUGCCGCCAAAGAGGCAGCAGCCGCAGGCUUUAUUUUGCUUUCAAUCGUCGCGGUAUGUGCACACGCGUGCAUUCCUCUCUCAGACACAUACUAACGCGCCAGUCCAGAUCAUCUGGAUGUUCUACUUCGGCUCUCAGCCCCAGGCAAGCCACCGUCAGACGCUCGAUUCGUUCGCCUUGCACAAGGACCGUGCACCGAGUCGCAAUAGUAGGAAUAUGCGACAGUCGUAUCGUCCAGAGACCACGCACUCUGCAGGUCAGCCGCAAAUGUACAAUUCGAAUCACCUCGCCGGUUUUGAGACCGCUUCGCCUGUUACCGGAUACCACGGCGGACCUGCAGGCGCAUCGAGCCGCCAAAGCGCAGCGCAGCUCCCGGGACAGCAAUUGCACACUCAGCCCAGCGGUGCUCUUACAAUAGGCACUAACGGUGCUUCGGCAACGGGAGGUCCUACGCACGACAGCUCGAUCAUCGCACCUCCGACCGAGUACCCAUACCGCGCCAAGGCCAUCUACAGCUACGAGGCCAACCCCGACGACGCCAACGAGAUCUCCUUCACCAAGCACGAAAUCCUGGAAGUUAGCGACGUCUCAGGGAGAUGGUGGCAGGCGAAGAAAGAAAAUGGCGAGACUGGUAUUGCUCCGUCGAAUUAUCUCAUUCUGUUGUGA